UUCAGCAUGAAUAGCGUUUGUAUGCCUUACUUUGAUCCUGAGUUCGAUACUCUCCCAGAAAGAAUACAUGGUCCACCUUGCCGAGUCUGCGUUGACAAUGAAAGCAUGGAAGGAUGCACGGUGGUGAAGGUAGAUAGCGUUAACAAGCAGGGUCUCCUUUUAGAAGUGGUGCAAAUUUUGACAGACAUGAACCUUCAAAUCUGCAAAAGCUUUAUUUCGUCUGAUGCUGGUUGGUUCAUGGAUGUGUUUCAUGUCAGAGAUGAAAAUGGCAAUAAACUAACCGACCAGAAAGUAAUUAACGACAUUCAACAGGCCAUAGGAAGAUCAAGAGCUUCUUCACCAUCACAACAACACAGCAACAACAACAACAACAAUUCGGUGUUCACAACAAUGACCAACUACAAGACCUAUUCCAAAAGACUUCUCCCACUGCUUCCUAACCCUAAUGAUCAACACACGGCCAUCGAAAUGACCGGUGCCGACCGACCGGGCCUCUUUUCGGAGAUCUCCGCAGCCCUAGCUGACCUCCAUUGCAACAUUGUCGAAGCCCACGCAUGGAGUCACAAUGCGCGGCUCGCAUGCGUGGCUUACAUUUCUGAUCAAUCCACUGACACUGCCAUCGAUGACCCCUCGCGGUUAGCCUCCAUAGAGGACCACUUAACCACGGUGCUUCGCGCCACCACCAACCCUAAUGGCGGUGGUGGCGCGAACCACCCGGACGUUAAGACCUCGGAACUUCUCGGAGGAGAAGGCCAAAUGACCACCGUGGAACGCAGGCUGCACCAGCUUAUGCUCUCAGUUAGGGACUUUGAGACCCCCUCCUCCCCCAAAGAGAAGAAGGGAAGAAAAAGGAUGGUCUCAGUUGAAAGUUGUGAACAAAAGGGGUAUUCAAUUGUCAGCAUUGAGUGUAAGGAUCGUCCUAGGCUCAUGUUUGAUACCGUUUGCACGUUAACGGACAUGCAGUACGUGAUUUUCCAUGCUUCCAUCACUUCCCAUGCAGGUUAUGCAUGUCAGGAGUAUUUUAUCAGGCACGUAGACGGAUGUGCUUUAGAUACUGCAAGCGAGAAGGAAAGAGUAAUGAAAUGCUUAGAGGCAGCCAUAGAACGCCGGGUUUGUGAGGGGAUUAGGCUAGAGUUGUGUGCAGACAACAGAGUUGGAUUGCUCUCAGACAUAACCAGAGUUCUCCGAGAGAACGGCCUCGUCGUCGUUCGAGCAGACGUAGAAACUCACGGAGAGAAAUCGGUGAACGCUUUCUAUGUGAGGGACAUAUCAGGGAACGAGGUAGACAUUGAAUAUUUCAGCAACUCAGUGAAGAAGGAAAUGGGUCCAAUCGCCACUCUUCAUGUCAAGAAUGAUACUAACAGAAGAAAACCAAACUCACCUAAACAGGCCCCUCUUUCAUUUGGAGGCAUGCUAAGAUCUCGGAUUGAACGUUUUUCUCAUGGCUUCAUUCUAUGA